AUGACCCUCCCAAACCUCCCAUCCCCUUCCCUCUACCCCCUCCAAUGGUUCUCCCUCACCCUCAUCCUCCUAACCCUCACCUACGCCCUCACCACACUCCGUACCUACACCCGCCUCCGCCACAUCCCCUCCUACACCCCCCUCUCCAACAUCUCCUACCUGCCCCUUUUCCUCCUUGCCCGCUCCGCCCGCCAAGAAGAGCUCUACCGCACCCUCAACACCCGCCUCGCCUCCCGCCUCGUCCGCGUCGGCCCCAACGAGCUCCUCACCGACGACCCCUCCGUCCUGCGCCGCAUCAACGCCGUCCGUAGCGACUACGGCAAGGACUCGUGGUACUUUUCGAGCCGCUUCAACCCUUACCAGGAAACCAUGUUCACCACGCUCGAUAAAGGAGAACACGAUCGGAUGAAGGCCAAGACGGCGGCGGCGUAUGCGGGGAGGGAGGUGGAUUUAUUGGAGCCGAGUGUUGAUGUGCAGGUUGUUAGUUUAGUGAGGCUUUUGAGGGAGAGGUAUGCGUAUGAUGCGGGAGGUGGUGGUGGAGGGAAGUUGGUGGAUAUGGGGGUUUUGCCGGCGUAUCUGACCAUGGAUGUGAUUACCACCGCGGCGUUUGGGAGGCCGUUUGGGCACUUGAAGGCUGAUGCGGAUGUGUUUGGGUUUAUAGGGCAGAUGAGGGACAAUUGGCCGUUGAUUGCGAUUACGUUAGAUACACCGUGGAUCCGGACGAUUCGGUUCUCAAAGUUGUUUUUGCGGUGGCUCGGGCCAAGGACGACGGAUAAGAUUGGGCUUGGGCAGAUGAUGGGGAUUGCUGAAAAGUACGUCGGAGAGAGGUUCAAGCCCACCUCGAAGCCUCAGAAGGAUAUGUUGGGAUCUUGGAUCAAGAACGGCAUGACGCAGCAAGAAUGCGAAGCAGAAGGCCUCUUCGCCCUCGUCGCCGGCUCCGACACCACCGCCUCCGUAAUCCGCAUCACCAUGCUCCAUCUCAUGUGCAACCCCAGAAUCUACCAUAAGUUCAAGCGUGUCAUUCGGGACGCUGUCGCCUCGGGAGUCUCGACCCCAAUCACCUUUGAUCAAGGCAGCAGAAUCCCAUUCCUACGGGCACUGAUCUACGAGGGCAUCCGCAUCCGCGCCCCAGCAACAGGCCUCUACCCCAAAACCGUCCCUCCCCAAGGCGACACCAUCGACGGCAAGUUCAUCCCUGGCGGCACCGCCAUCGGCAUGAACGCCCCCGGACUUUUGAAGUCGCCUGCGCUCUUCGGCGAGGACGCGGAGCUCUUCCGACCGGAGCGGUUUCUCGAGGUUGACGACGCGGCUAGGAUGAGCAUGGAGCGCGACGUGGAGAUGGCGUUUGGGUAUGGGCGGUAUAUGUGUGCUGGUAAACCGGUGGCGUUUAUGGAGCUAUAUAAGGCUUUCUUUGAGCUGAUGCGUAACUUCGAUUUUGAGCUUGCGGAUCCGGUUCGGCCGUGGAAUUCGCAAAGUUAUAAUAUCUUUGUGGAGGAGAACAUGUGGACCAAGGUGACGAUUUCGGAUAUCAGUUAG